CGCGAACUGCCUACUUCUGCACCAAGCGCAUACACCCACCUUUCCCCACAGCUAUUCAUUUCCUUCAGCUGUAGACUAACAAAAUGACCUCCAUUGGCACGGGUUACGAUCUUUCUGCCAGUACAUACUCUCCAGAUGGCAGGAUCUUCCAGGUUGAGUAUGCUGGGAAGGCCGUGGAGAACUCUGGAACUGUCAUUGGCUUGAAGGUUAAGGACGGUGUGGUACUGGCGGUGGAGAAGCUCGUACAUUCGAAACUGUUGGUGCCUGAGGCAAACCGCCGUAUACAGACGAUAGAUCGUCAUAUUGGAAUGGCUACCGCCGGGUUAUUGGCAGACGGUCGCCAUUUAGCCAACCGUGCACGAGACGAAGCCGCGAACUACCGCGACCUGUAUCAUACCCCACCCCCUCUCCAAGCGCUCGCCGAUCGCGUAGGGCUCUACGUACAAGCAUACACACUCUACUCUUCCGUGCGCCCGUUCGGGAUCAGCGCACUGCUCGCAGCGCAUGACAAGACCGGGCCGGUACUGUAUGUUGUCGAGCCGAGUGGGGUGUUUUACGGUUAUCACGGUGCUGCUGUCGGGAAGGGACGCCAGCUAGCAAAGACAGAGCUGGAAAAGCUCGACUUGCCAAAUAUGACCGCCCGCCAAGCGGUGUUCGAGGCAGCACGGAUAAUAUACCUUGUCCAUGAUGAUGCCAAAGACAAGGACUUUGAGCUGGAGCUAUCGUGGAUCGGCGCGGAGACGGACUAUAAGCAUGCCCCCGUGCCGAAAGAUCUUGCGGUAGAGGCGGAUGCGAAGGCCAAGGAAGCGCUCAACGAGGGCAUGGAAGACUGAUUGUAUAGUUGUGUUCAUACUUAAUUCCAUU